AUGCCCACCGGCGAGCCCUGCUCCUGGGUCUGGGGGUUCAUCCACAGCCUCUCCCUUUUCCUGGCUCCAGCCCACUUCAGCUCCCCAGGCUUCCUGCUCAUCAAAGGUCAAACGCGGUUGCCUCUUCCUCUGCGGUGCGGCUGCAGGGUGAAGGUGUGCAUCAGGGCCACUGAGGGCGGGAGGGUCAAAGGUCAUAUCCGUAUCAAGCUGUGCAAGUCGAGGGUAUUUACUGUUCCUGGACGUCCACCUAACUCGCAUGCCCGGGUUAUCUGGAUGACGCAAGUUGCCGUUUGGGCCAACGACGGGGACGCCGUGUUCAUCAGGGAAUUCACCCUGAUUCGACGAGACCACCUCGCAGAAGAGCCUCUCCAUGAUGGCAGCCAAAAGGCAGAAGACCCUAGCUCGCGGACGGCCCGGUCAGAGGAGGACAGAGACACUCUGUGGGAUGCCUGGGGCUCGUGGAGUGAAUGCUCACGGACCUGUGGAGGAGGCGCCUCAUACUCCCUCAGACGAUGCCUCAGUUCCAAGACUUGUGAAGGACAGAAUAUCAAAUAUCGCACAUGCAGUAAUGUGGAUUGCCCUCCAGAUGCAGGCGAUUUCCGUGCCCAGCAGUGUUCCGCUCAUGCAGACGUGCGAUACCAGGGUCAGUACCACGAGUGGCUGCCUGUGUACAAUGACCCGGACAACCCCUGCGCUCUCAAGUGCAAAGCCAAGGGCUUGGGCCUCGUGGUGGAGCUGGCUCCCAAGGUGCUGGACGGGACGCGCUGUUACACCGAGUCCUUGGACAUGUGUAUCAGCGGAGUCUGCCAGAUUGUAGGAUGUGAUCAUGAUUUGGGGAGCACGGCAAAGGAGGACAACUGCGGCGUCUGCAGUGGAGAUGGCUCAUCUUGCAGACUGGUGCGGGGACACUACAAAUCCCAGCAUGCUUCAGGAAAAACUGAGGACACAGUGGUGGCCGUCCCCUAUAAGAGUCGGCAUGUGCGUCUAGUCCUGAAAGGCCCGGAUCACUUGUACGUGGAGAGUAAGACUCUACAAGGGGUCAAAGGUGAGCUCAUCUUGGAUAAAUCAGGACAGUACCACCUGGAGAAUACCACCUUGGACUACCAGAAGCUUUCGGAUAAGGAGGUCCUGAGAAUCACCGGCCCACUUGGAGCCGACUUCACUGUCAAAGUGCAGUUUGCCAGUGGAGCAGACAGUGUGGUCCAGUACAUUUAUUACCAGCCCAUCAUCCACCGCUGGAGAGAGACCGACUUCUUCCCUUGCUCCGUCACAUGUGGUGGAGGGUACCAGCUAACCUCAGCAGAGUGCUUUGACCUUAGGACCAGCCGGGUGGUCGUGGAUCAGUAUUGCCAUUAUUACCCAGAGAAUGUCAAACCCAAACCCAAACUCCUGGAGUGCAACAUGGAUCCCUGCCUCGCCAGUGACGGCUACAAGCAAAUUAUGCCAUACGACCUUUACCAGCCCCUGCCUCGAUGGGAGAGCAGUCCGUGGACCGCCUGCUCCACGUCCUGCGGCGGGGGCAUCCAGAGUCGCUCAGUGGCCUGCGUGGAGGAAGACAUGCAGGGUAUCAUCACUCCCACUGAGGAAUGGAAGUGCCUCUACUCCCCCAAGACGGCAAUCCUGCAGCCCUGUAACACCUUCGACUGCCCCACCUGGCUGGCACAGGAGUGGUCACCCUGCACGGUGACCUGUGGUCCGGGUCUGCGCUACAGGGUGGUGUUGUGCAUCGAUCACAGAGGGCUCCACGCUGGAGGUUGUAACCCCACCACCAAACCCCACAUCAAAGAGGAGUGCCUGGUGACUGUGCCCUGUUACAAGUCCAUAGAUACGCUCCCUGUUGAGGCAAAACCUGUGUGGCACAAGCAGGCCAUAGAGCUGGAGGAGGAGAUCAGCGUAACUGAGGAACCAACCUUCAUCCCCGGUCCCUGGCAGCCGUGCAGCAGGACGUGCGGCGCCGGGACCCAGCGCCGGGCAGUCAAGUGCCAGGUCCUGCUGUCCUUCUCACAAACUGUUGCUGAGCUGCCGGAUGACGAGUGCGAGGGGGUGAAACCUGCCACGAGUCAGCCCUGCUACCGCAGUCCGUGCUCUGGCGUUUUGGGCCAAGGAAAAGAAAGCGAAAACGAGGACGAGGGAGGGGAGGAGGAGGAGGAGGAGGAGGAGGAGGGGAAGAAGGGGGAGACACCCGAAAGAGAGGAACUGCACGACUGGGAGUACGAGGGCUUUACGGAGUGCUCAGAGAGUUGUGGCGGAGGUGUGCAGGAGGCUGUGGUCAUCUGCCUGAACAAGCAGACCAGGGAGGCAGCAGAGCAGAGCAUGUGUGUGAGCUCCCGUCGGCCCCCGCAACUCCUGCAGGACUGCAAAACUCAGCCCUGCCCACCCAGAUGGGAAACAGGGGAGUGGAGUUCAUGCUCCGCUACCUGCGGAGUGGGUCUGAUGACCCGCACUGUGGCAUGCACUCACCGGCCUUCCCGGGACAGCAACCGUACUGAGGUUUUGAGGGAUGAAGACUGUCAGAGUCCCAAGCCCAGCCCUGUCCAAGCCUGCAACCGCUUUGACUGCCCUCCUAUGUGGGACACACGUGACUGGGGACAGUGCUCCCAGAGCUGUGGUGGUGGAUUUCAAAGGAGGCAGGUCCUGUGCAAACAGCGGUUGGCGGAUGGCAGCAUCCUGGAGCUGCCUGACACCUUUUGCCCUUCCAAGAGUCCCGCAAACCAGCAGCCCUGUGCCAAGCGCGAGUGCCCUCCUCAAUGGGUAACAACUGACUGGACCCAGUGUUCAGUGACUUGUGGAAAUGGAAUUCAGAGACUACAGGCAGUCUGCAGAAAACAAAGGGAAGAUGGGGGACAUUGGACCGUAGACUCUGAGAAUUGCUCCCCGAUGGCCCGGCCCACCAGAAUCCGGCCAUGCUCCCUCAGGCUCUGUGAGAACUCCGUCAAGCCCGAUCCUACCAUCCUGGCUCAGAGAAAGGUGUACAUCCAGUGGAGGAAGGGCAAAAAGUUACAGUUGGUAGUUGGAGGCUAUGCCUACCUGCUCCCCUGGACAACUGUGGUCCUUCGCUGCCCAACCCGCCACUUCCGUAAGGGCCACACCCGAUGGUUGAAGGAAGGAAAGCCUUUGGUCGGCCUCCCACACUUCUCCAUAACAUCACCAGGAUACGUAAAGAUUCAGCAGCUUCGUGCAUCUGAUGCCGGGAUAUACACAUGUAUCGCAGGUCAGGCGCAGGCACAUUUCGUCCUACAGAUCAUUGGCAGCAAGCAGAAACUCUCUGCCCCAGAGUCAUGGCUCCUCGCAGGUGGCCAACAAAAGGUUGAGCAGCCAGACGCGGCCUCAGCUGGGGUAAGCUCUCAGGAGCUGCCCAUCUCUCUCAACCGUUAUGACAACAUUGUUGAGCAUUUGCUCAAACUCAAAGGCUCCCUCCAAAGUGAAAAAGACACUGCUGAUAAAAUACACUCCAGUGAAAAGAACAGGUCUACCCUGGAGGAUGAUAGAGCAAGCUCAGAACGUUCAAGCCUGUCCGUACUUAUCGCCGAUACCCACAGGCUAGAUGAGAUCAGGACAAGCCUCUCCGAAGGCCUCGGAGGGCCAUUGGGGGAACAACUCAUCGUGCAGUUGCUCAGUGAGCUCACUAUGACACAAGGUGAAACCAAUGAGUCGACUCUUUAUCCCCCAGAAAGUGCAGAAUCCUCCACGCAAGGGCCCCUCCUUUAUAAACCAAACAUCAAUGUCCACACGUCCAGGCCAAGAAGCCCGGUAAUAAUCCAACGCGCCAGAAAAGUGGGAGUGGAAGCGUCGUCUGAAAUGAUGGUUCAUGUGGGAGUGCCAGUUGUGCUGCAGAAACCCAUUGCUAGUUUGGAGCUGAGGUGCGAGGCACUGGGGAACCCUGAACCGACCUUGACAUGGACAAAGAAUGGGAAACCGUUGCAUUACAACAGCAGGUUAGGCCUGUUGUUUACCGGAUCACUGAGGAUCCAGUCUCCAAGCAAGGUGGAUGAGGGUCUGUACACAUGCACUGCCAGGAACCGUCUUGGAUCGACAUCUCUUUCAUCUUGGCUACAGUUUACAGGUGGCAAAGGAAGAAACUGUGUCCACGGUAAUGGUAUGGGAGCAAAUGGCCCUAUUUGUUCUGAGAGGAUUAACAGCAACCAGUCAGCCGAGCUGUGCCAUGGACAAGCCUGCCCCCUCAGGUGGCGAAUGGAUGCUUGGUCUCUAUGCUCCGCCAACUGUGGAGGUGGGUCCCAGACCAGGAGGAUCCGCUGCAUGAAGGGUCCUGAGGGCCGAUCAAGAGAGGUGGAGAGCAAGCACUGCCUUGGCACAGGGAGAAGACCCUCUAACACCAGGCUGUGCAACCUACUGCCCUGUGCCAGAUGGGCCACUACCCACUGGGGAGCCUGUCACGGUCAAUGUGCGGGUCCCAGUUUGGCCACACAGCAACGACAUGUUUCCUGUCAAGACACAAAUGCCACCAAAGUCCCCUCCAGGAUGUGCAGUGGACUCCAGAGGCCCAGUUCCCUGAGGAACUGCUCCACAGAGGCCUGUGCCCUUCACUGGCACAUCGGGCCGUGGACGCAGUGCACUGCCACCUGUGGGCGCCACGGUUUCCAGUCACGCCAGGUGACCUGUGCGCACCGUCGAACUGGAAAGGCCGCACGUGAACAUCACUGCAUGUGGAGGCCUCGCCCUCCCAGCUGGCAGCGAUGCAAUAUCUUGUCCUGUGGCAGAGCAGGAGAGUGUCGAGACAGCACAAGGUACUGCGAGAAGGUUCGACAGCUGGAGCUUUGUCCGCUGCCCCAGUUUAAGAGCCGCUGCUGUCAGUCCUGCCAAAACACCUGAGGGCGGGGUUAUAAGACGAGGGCCACGCACCACCUGGAGAGGUCGGGGGGAGAUGCUCCGACAGCCAACAGAGACUUGAAACCUCGACGCCCCAUACUUUCACCCACAGCUGUCGUCAACGAUCAGUCUUGGAUGGGUGAAGGAAUGUUUGGAUGGUUGUGAUCUACUUUCCUCACAGAUCUCAUAUGUGUGGGUUUACAUUUUUUAAGUUUCGAGUGAAGUGACAGACCCGUUAACGAAAGCUUCGCUUUUACUUCUUUGGAAAAAGAAAUUGUCAUGGAGCUUUCCUAAAUUAUGCAAACGUUACGUAAGAUAUAUUUCCAUUCUGAUUUAAUAGAGACGUGUGGUGACUGCGCGGCUCCAUAAAGGGGAACUCAUAAAGGACAACCUAUCCACAUGUAAGAUAUCUGGUGUAAUUUUAGUUUUCUUUUCUUUUUUUAAAGAAUGGGACAACGAUGCUGCACCACCGUCUUUCUGUUGUAGCACCAUCACUUCAUCUCCAACAUAGGAUGCAUAUUGUUAAGCAAUCUAGCUUUCAAUACACAAAUAUGCAAUUAAAAUACAGUUUUUUUUCUCCCAAUGAUUGACUUCACACCCAGAGAUUCUGGGUAGAGCCCUGAGCUCUUUAUAACCACUGGAUAGUUGUGUGUUUCUUCUUUAUUGCGAUGACCUCCAUAAUUGUGUUGAUAAAUAGUUCUGAUGCUAAAUGAGCAUUUAGAGGUAUAGGUAAAAACUUGUUUGUAUACAGCACAAUGCUGCAUAUAAAC